UAACACCGGAGUGUUUUGUAACUUUGGACGCAUAUUUACCUAAUUACAUCUAUUUCCCUACUAAAUAUUAAUUUAUAUAGCAUAACAGAAAAUCAGAUGAUAUUGGCAUCAAAACAUCGCUUCCAUCAAAUAAUCUCAUCAAUAUUCAUCACCUUUUAAUGUCUAAAGGAAAAUGUGAAACAGAGGAGAUAUAUAAUCCUAUUUCUAUAAAUCUAUGGUCAAUAACUGUGAAAUAUUUCUUCUGAAGUAAGAAUAGUAGCAACAUUGCUCUGCUUCACAGUUCAAAAUGUCUUCAAAUUAUACUUGGAUAAUUUUAAAAAAGAAAUUUGCACCUUCUCCAAAUACCAACAGUGGUGAUAGUUGAUGCAAAUGGAGCAGGAGAAAUAUUUUUUAGGAAUAAAAUGUAGAAUGGAAAUAUGAAGAAUAGCAGAAUGGGAGAGACGGUUGGUGAUGGGAAAUGAAUUUAGUGAGAACAAAUUUAAAUAUUAAAACACAGUUUAAAAACAUUGAUUUUCCUGGUGAUAUGAAAAAUAAAGGAAAACCAUUACACUAUUGUGAUAUCUGUGGAAAAUCAUUCACUCAUAAAGGUAACCUCACAGCACACAAAUUAAUGCAUACAGGCAAAAGACCAUAUCAGUGUAGUGUUUGUGGUAAGCCGUUCUCUGCUGUAAGUCAACUCACUUCUCAUGAACGUACACAUACAGGAGAGAGACCAUAUCACUGUGAUGUCUGUGGUAAAUCAUUCUCUCGAAACGAUCACUUAACGACACACAAACGUAUUCAUACAGGGGAGAAGCCAUACCGCUGUGAUAUCUGUGGCAAAUCAUUCUCUGAAGGAACUGUCCUAACUAAACACAAACGUAUUCAUACAGGAGAGAAACCAUAUCACUGUGAUGUCUGUGGGAAAUCAUUUUCUGUAGCCAGUCACUUAACGACACACAAACGUAUUCAUACAGGAGAGAAGCCACAUCAUUGUGAGAUCUGUGGUAAAUCAUUUACUGUUACUAGUAGCUUGACUACUCAUAAACGUAUUCAUACUGGAGAAAAGCCAUAUCACUGUGAUAUCUGUGGCAAAUCAUUCUCUAUUACUAGUUGCUUAACAACCCACAUCCGCAUUCAUACAGGAGAGAAGCCAUAUCACUGUGCUAUCUGUGGCAAAGCAUUCUCUCAAACAAGUGACUUAACUAAACACAAACGCAUUCAUACGGGAGAGAAACCAUAUCAUUGUGAUAUCUGUGGUAAAUCUUUUCCUCAGAAAUGUCAUUUGACUAAACACGUAUGCAUUCCUCCAAAUCAGGAAGUAAACAAUAAUAGAUUAACUCACGGACGUUUGUCAACUUUUAAGAGUUGUACAAUAAUUAAUAUGGAGAACGUUGAUCUCUUGGACAUUUCUAACACCAAGGUGUGUAACAAUAUAGAUACUUUUAGAGAGACAGACGGAGCUGAUAGUGAAACGUUUACUAAAGAAAGAUCGUUACAGGGAAAUAUUACUGAAUAUAAAUGUAAUGUUUGUAGGAAGACCUUUUCUUCCGAAGACGAAGUCUUUAAACACAAAGAAAUACACAGUAAGGAGAAACCGUUUCAUUGCAAAAUAUGUGGUAAAUAUUUUGCUCAUAACAGUUAUCUAACAAGUCAUCAAAGAAUACACACGAGAGAGAAACCGUUUUAUUGUGAGAUAUGUGGGAAAACAUUUGCUCAAAAUUCCAAUCUUGCAGUUCAUAAGAAAAUACAUACUGGAAUGAAACCUUUCCACUGUGAAAUUUGUGGUUUAACUUUUGUGAAUAAUACUCAUCUUGUUAACCAUGUUCGAAGUCACACUGGAGAAAAACCAUUUCAUUGUGAAACAUGUGGGAAAUCUUUCAGUCAGAAAUCUAAUCUUGUAGUUCAUAAAAGAACGCAUACAGGAGAAAAACCAUAUCACUGUUUAAUAUGUGGAUUAUCUUUCUUUAACCAUUCACACCUUGUUGUCCACAAGCGUAACCAUACUGGGGAAAAACCUUAUCAUUGUCAGAUUUGUGGCAAGGCUUUCAUUUCUAAUUCACACCUUUCUAUACAUAAACGUGGCCAUACUGGCGAAAAACCGUUCCACUGUGAUGUCUGUGAGAAAUCGUUUCUCUCAAAUAGUAAUCUAACAAUACACAAGAGAAUACAUACUGGAGAAAAGCCAUAUCCUUGUGAAAUAUGUGGGAAAUCUUUUAUUAAAAAUUCCCAUCUUGUUGUUCACGAACGUAGUCACACUGGAGAAAAACCAUUCCAGUGUGAAAUGUGUAAGAAAUCUUUUGUGUCUAAAACUAAUUUGCAAAGACAUGAAACAAUGCACACUGGAGAAAAAUCAUUUCGCUGUGAAAUAUGUAGGAAAUCUUUCACUAGAAACGCCCAUCUUGUGGCUCACAAAAGAUUACACACUGGGGAAAAACCUUAUCACUGUGACAUGUGUGGGAGAACUUUUUCUCAAAGUUCUAAUCUGGUUGUUCACAAAAAACUACAUGCUGGAGAAAAACCAUUCCACUGCGAAACAUGUGGUUUAUCUUUUGUCAAUAAUUCCCAUCUUGUUAUCCACAAACGUAGCCACACUGGAGAAAAACCAUUCCACUGUGAGAUGUGUGGGAAAUUUUUCUCACAAAAUUCCAAUCUUGCAGCUCACCAAAAGAAUAUAUGCUGGAGGAAAACCCUUCCACUGUGAAAUAUAUGGGAAAUCUUUCCCAUAAAAUUUUAACAUCAUCAUCAUCAUUUAAUGUCUGUUUUCCAUGCUGGCAUGGUUCGAACAGUUUGACAGGAGCUGGAAGGGCUAGGAGUCACACAAGGCUCCUUAGUCUGUCUUGAUGCUCCACAGCUGGAUGCUUUUCUGAACACCAACCACUUUACAGAGUAUACUGGGUGCUUUUUACAUAGCACCAGCACCACAGCUUGUGGGAAAACCUUCCCACUGAAAUAUGUGGGAAAUCUUUAUCAAAAAAUUCUAAUCUUGUAGUUCAUCAAAAAAAUAUUUGCUGGAGGAAAACCCGUCCAUUGUGAAAUAUGCAGAUUACCUUUUUGUUAAUAAUUCACACCUCAUUAGUGGCUACACUAGAGGAAAAGAUUCAGCUGUGAAAAAUAUGGGAAUUACUUUUUAAUAACAUUGCCUUAGCAAAUCAUGAAUGACUAUGCAUUGGCGUAAAACUGUUUCAUUAAGAAAUAUUUUGGAAAUGAUACUUUGACAAUUAUGUUGUUGAGAGAAAACUCCAUCAUUUAUUAUGGGAACUCCUGCAUUAGCAAUUCUCAUCUUUGAAUUCAUAGAUGUAGCCAUACAGAAGAAACCCCGUCACUGCAACAAUUGUGAGAAAUCAUUUAUGAUUAAUAGUCACUUAAAAAUACACAAAUGCAAAGCAGAGGCAAGAAGACUUUUCAUUGUGAAACAUGAGAAAUUUAUUGUCUUCUAGCAGUCAACAUAAGAUGAAGUUAACUACCUGCAGAAUGGAUAACAGAACUGCAAAUAAUCAUUAUAUAACAACUACUAAAUGAAUUUGUAUCUUGCAGUGUAACAAUGAAAAUAAAAGGCUUUAUCAAAUGAUA